UAUUUUGUCUUUUGUUGGGUCAUAAACUCCCCCCUCCUUUUUCAUGUUGCAUUUGUUGCUUGAUUCGACACUUUAACCAAGGGAGAAAAUAACGGUGACGUUGUGUUUAGAUCUCAGAAAGAAAGACGCUGCUACCACCACCGAACCCCCUUCACCCACACAGUUUCAUUUCAUACAUACAUACAUACAUACAUACAUAGAGAUUCAGAAAGAAACACGAAUCGAUUUCGAAUCCACAACGAAUGACAUCCUCUACGACGUCGUCUUCUACCUCCGCCAACCUUCAAUCAAGGAGGAGGAUCUGAAGGCUGGUGAGCAGGAGUAGGGUGUGCUGAUUGCUGCAGGCAGUUACAGUGGGGAGCAAAAACGGAGUGGAUCGGAGGAAAAUGGACAAGAGCAGGAGCCGAACCGAUCUACUCGCCGCUGGCAGGAAAAGGCUCCAACAAUUUCGUCAGAAGAAGGAUAAUAAAGGUGGUAGUAGCCGUGGAAAAUCAUCAAAAAAGUCUGAUAAACCUCAGCUACCUGAGUCUGAUGCUGAUGCUGACGCUGCAAGUAGUACCUCUAUUACAACGGGAUCAUCACCUGUUCCUGAUGGAAGUGUUGAAACUGACAGUGACUCGAAUGUAGUGAUCACAGAAUCAUUAGACCCACAAUCUAUGGAAAACUCGUCAGCUCCUGACAAUAUUGAUCCAUCUGUUGAUUCAUUGUCAGAGGCAACGACUUAUGAUACAGGCAAUGAAACUGAAUUGGAUUCUAAUGCUAAGUUAGCCCUUCAGGUUCAUGGGGUCAUCGAGAAUGAUUCUGAGUUGUUCGCCCAAGAUCAGGGGCGAAGUGCUCAGGAUAUUGAUGCUGAUGUGGCAAAAGAUGUGUCUUUGAGCGCUUCAGAUAUCCUGGGUCCUGAAGCAUAUGAUCAUUCAUCUGCACCUGUUGCAGUUUUCUCCUCACCUGCUUCUGUUGUAACCGCAGUGGGUGCGAACAAUGAAGGUGUAAAAGAUGGUGAAAAUACGGAAGAAUUGUUGCUUUUAUCUGAGGAUAUUCCCAAUACAUUUGUGAUGCAAACAAGGGAAGAUCAGGUAACAGAUUUAGGGGCUAUGCAGGAAGCUGAUGGUUUAGAUGUGAAGAAAUCUUGUCAAAGCACUGAUGUAAUGAACAAUGAUCAAAAAGAGCUUCCUUGGGUCAAGGAUGGUGAGAGUGAUCAUUCUCUUUCAGGAAUUGCUAUGGAGAAUACUAGAAUUGAGGUGGCAUCUCAUGAAGCUGAACAACUAGGUGAGCCAGUUGAAUUAUUCUCCUCUCUUGAGAACAUUAUGCCAGAUAAGCUUUCAGGUUCUGAUGAAGGCCAGGCAGAUAAUAUUGCAACUGCGGUGACUUCUAUGAAAAAUCAGGAGAGAGAAACAUUACGAUGUUCAUCUUACAAGGAAAUACUUCUUCAGUCUAAUCAAGAACAGAGUCGUAAAGGAGUUUGUAGUGAACAGGACAUGGGGCUUCAUGAGGGGCUUACCCAAAAAUGUACUCCUGUUGGAUCUGCAGUUGAGGAUCACACUCACGAGAUGUCACUGGGAGCUCAUGAGGGUAAUUCAACCAGACAGUCUGACCGCUCUCCUAUUUUUGAUGUGAGCUCAGUUAAUCUCUUGAAGCUGGCUGAAAUUAUUAGGGGGCUUAAUGAAGAAGAGUAUCAAUUUCUGCUCGAGGCAAGAGGAGCAGUUUCUGAUGCGGAUCCUUUACCCAGUAGUUCUGUUCUAACAGUGCUUGAAUUUGCAGAAGCAUUUCAGAGACUGAAAGAAGAUUUUUUUCUUGCUAAUUUGAUGGAAAAUAUAUUCAAUAUACAACUAGUUGAACAACUGGAGCUACAAGUGGAGUCUGAUAAUCAGCGCUUCCAAUUGAUUGGUGAAUUAUCUCAGCUACGUGCUUCUCAUAAUGAAGUUAAUGAAAAGAAUCAGCAACUUACUGAUGAACUUGCUAAUUGUCAUUUUGAACUUCGUGAUAUUUCUAGCAAGAGAGUAGAAGUACAAAACCAUUUCAGUGCUGCCAUGGCAGAGGUUGAUGCUCUUUCUGCUAGAUUAGUUGAGCUGCAGGUUAAUUUUGAAAUGUCUCAGAAAGAUUCAUCGGAUCUGUCCACAGAGUUGAUGGACUGCAGAGGCUUGAUCUCUAGUUUACAGGCUGAAAAGAAGGGCACAAAUGAAACUCUGGAAUUGGUGACUGCUGAGAAAAAUAAACUUAUGGAGGAAAAGGAAUUUCACAUGUGUGAAAGUACAAAGCUGGCUGCUGAAGUAGCUGACAUCAAGAGUUCAACGGAAGCAGCAAAAGUUGAAAAUUCGAACCUAAUUGACAUGAUCUCUUUGUUGACUGAAGAGAGUCAUAAGACCAAAGCAGAAGUUGAGCAUCUCUUGCUUGAGGUUGAUAGGCUAUCCUUAGAUUUGGUUGAAAAUAAAGAUUUGGUGGCAAGUCUACAGGCAGAAAAUUCCAACUUAAAUGGGAACCUUGCAUUGUCAGCAGAUAAGAUUAAAAAUCUUGAAGAUGAGAAUCAUUCUGUUUUUAUUGAGAAUCAAGGGCUCUCUUCUCAAAUCGUUGUCCUACAAGAACAAUUGUCUAUAGAAAAGGGGGAGCGGGUGAGGUUCGAAGGUGACCUUCAAGAAGUCACAAUACACUUGGUACAACUUUCCAAUGAAAAUGUAUUUCUCAAUAGCACUUUGGAGGAGCACAGGGCUAAGCUAGCAGAAAUUGGAAAGAAACACAGUCAACCAUUAUCUCAACCUGCAGACCUUGGGAAUCAAGCACAAAUUACACGGGGACAUAGUGAGGGUCUUGAAAUUGCAGUUGCUGAAGAUUCUAUGCAUGUGGAUCAGGAGCCAGAUGAAGGUGCACCCAGUGAACUUGAAGUCUUCAAUGAUUCUCAUGGGUUUGUUUCGUUGAAGACUUGCUUGGAUGAGGGGGAGAACCUUUUGGUUAAACUUGAAAAGGCAAUUAAUGAGUUGCAUUCUCGAUCAGUAUUUGCCAGCAGGUCUGAUGGGAAAGUUUCUUCACCUGCGGUAUCAAAAUUGAUUCAAGCUUUUGAAUCAAAAGUACUUGAAGAUGAGCAUGAGGCAGAGGAAAGGGAUAGCAGUGAUGUUCAAUCAUCAUCAAACUCACUUAUCAUGUUUACCAUGGAGCAAAUUGAGAACUUGCGAAAAUUGCUUUCAAAGUGGGAGCUGGAGGUUCAGAGUGCUGCUGCUUUGUUCAAGGGAGAGCGAGAUGGUAGGAAAAUUGGUGAUGCAAAGUACAGUGAUCUCGAGGACCAGUUCAAAGGACUGACGCAGCAUUGUUCAGAUUUGGAAACAUCCAACAUUGAACUAUCAGUUCAAUAUGAAAUUGUAAAGCAACUUCUGGGUGAAAUUCAAGAAAAUAAAUGUCAACUUGAGGAACUCUAUGAAGCUCUCAAGCAAGAGAAUACCUGUCGUAAAGGUAAAGAUACUGAACUCCAUCAAAAGCUUGGAUAUUGUCUAUCAAAAGUUAGUGAGUUGCACACUGAAAUGUAUGGAGUGAGACAAAGUUCAAAUGAGAUGGCUAUUAUUAUUGGCAGUCAACUGGAAAAUUUGCAGAAGGAGGUGGCAGAGAGGGGAAUGCAACUUGAGCAAGGAUGGAAUGCUUCUAUCGCUGAGAUUGUUGAGUUAGUUGGGAAGCUGAAUGAAUCAGUUGGGGAAACUUUGUACUCAACCAUAUCUUCUGAUACUCAUGAUAGCUUGGAUAUCAGUCAUCAGUUAGAAGUUUCUGUUAAGGCUGCCACUGAAUUGAUUUUCGAUCUGCGGAAGAAACUCGAGGCUACUUAUUCAGAACAUGAAAUGAUGUGUACAUCAUAUAAAGAAAUGAAUAUGAAAUGCGAUCAUCUGCUUGGGAGGAAUGAAAUGUCUAUUGGUGUAUUACAUAAGAUGUAUAGUGACACUAGGAAACUUGUGCUCAAAAGUGGUGGGUCUACGGAUGAAAAUGUGAUUGAUGAACAAUGUGAGGCUCUGCCUGAUCUACUGAACUAUGAUAGCUACCAGCCCAUCAUGAAACAUCUGGUGGAUUUAUUGAAUGAGAAGCUGAAACUUGAGUCUGGUACCAAGGAGAUGAAGUCAGAAUUGAUGCACAAGGAAACAGAAUUGGAAGAAUUGAAGAUGAAGUGUCGUGGUUUAGAUUCCAUUGGGAAGCUAAUUGAAGAUGUUGCACGUGUGCUGAAUGUGGAAAAUCCAAAUGUUGAAAUAAAUAAAUCACCCCUUUUGUACUUAGAUUCAUUAGUGUCCAGUCUUGUACAGAAAACCAAAGAGGCUGAAAUCCAAUAUCACACUACUAAAGAAGGCUACGGAUCUAAGGAGAUGGAAUUGGCUGAAUUGAAAGAAAAGAUGUAUUAUCUAGACACACUACGUCUUGAGAAUGAAAAUGAAAUCCUUGUUCUAAGGGAGAGCUUAGAUCAAGCUGAUGAAGCUCUUACUGCUGCUCGUUCUGAAUUACACGAGAAAGCAAAUGAACUUGAGCAUUCAGAACAGCGGUUGUCCUCUAUUCGGGAGAAACUUAGCAUAGCUGUCGCUAAGGGUAAAGGGUUGGUUGUACAGCGGGAUGGCCUCAAGCAGUCCCUGUCGGAGACUUCCAGUGAAUUGGAAAGAUGCUUGCAAGAAUUAAAUUUGAAAGAUACAAGACUUCAUGAGGUUGAAACAAAACUUAAGACCUAUGCAGAGGCUGGUGAGCGUGCAGAAGCUCUGGAAUCUGAGCUUUCAUAUAUUCGUAAUUCAGCUAAUGCUUUGAGGGAGUCGUUUCUUCUUAAAGAUUCAAUGCUUCAGAGAAUAGAAGAAGUUUUGGAAGACCUAGAUCUGCCUGAGCAGUUUCAUUCAAGUGAUAUAAUUGAAAAGAUUGAUUGGUUGGUUAGGUCAGUUGCUGGUAACUCAUUGCCCAUGAAUGAUUGGGAGCGGAAGGAUUCUGUAGGUGGAGGUUCAAACUCUGAUGCUGGUUAUGUUGUUACAGAUUCUUGGAAAGAUGAUAUUCAGCUACAACCGGAGUCACAGGAUGAUUUUAGAAAAAACCCUGAGGAGAUGCAGAGUAAAUAUUAUGAGCUGGCUGAGCAAAAUGAAAUGCUGGAACAAUCAUUGAUGGAAAGAAACAGCUUAGUUCAGAGAUGGGAAGAGCUUGUCGAUAGGAUUGAUAUGCCUUCGCAUUUGCGGUCUAUGGAGAUGGAGGACAGGAUUGAAUGGGUAGGAAGAGCACUUGCCGAGGCUAAUCAUCAUGUAGAUUCUUUGCAGCUGAAGAUUGAAAAAUAUGAUAGCUAUUGCGGAUUGGUAAAUGCUGAUCUAGAGGAGUCUCAAAGGAGAGUGUCUGCUCUUCAAGCAGACCUUAGAGCCCUCACAUCUGAGAGAGAGUUCCUUUCUGAAAAAUUAGAGGCUCUAACGUAUGAAUAUGAGAAAAUAUCAGUCCAGGCAAGGGGAGCUGAACUUGAGAUUGAAAGGCUGAACAAUGAAGUAACUAGUUUGAAGGAUAAUUUGGAACAGAAAGCUGAAAUAGAAGAACAAAAUUUCACCAUUGAUGGCAGGAUCAGUAAAUUGCGCGACUUGGUUGUUGAGGCCUUGUCAAAAUCUGAGACAGAAUAUCUGGUUGCUGAUAGGGAAAAUAUUGAUUCCUUGGAAGAAUUGCUGCAAAAGCUUAUAGAAAGUCAUGCUAGUCUUUCAUCAACAAAACCCACAUGUGGCGUUGUAUUUGAUGAACACAAUUCACAAAAUGAUCACAUUAAUCUUCAUUCGGAAAGAAGUAUAGAUAUGCAUGAUAAGGAAGGGGCUGAUAUUGAUAGAUACAAAGCAGAUCUAGAGGAGGCUUUGAGUGAAUUGGUACAUUUGAAGGAGGAGAGAGACAGAAAUUUGGAAAAGCAAAUGUCUUUAUCUGGUGAAGUCGAAACUCUGAAUAAAAGAACUGAGGAGCUGCAAGAGCUUGUUAACCUGGAGGAGCAGAAGUCAGCUUCUGUUAGAGAGAAGUUGAAUGUUGCAGUCAGGAAAGGUAAGUCAUUGGUGCAACAACGAGACAGUCUAAAACAAACAAUUGAAGGGAUGAGUGUUGAGAUAGAGCGCUUGAAAUCUGAAAUCAACAACAGGGAAAGCACACUUGCAGACCAUGAACAGAAGUUGAGACAGUUGUCAACCUACCCCGAUAGGGUGGAAGCUCUUGAAUCUGAGAGUUUGCUUCUGAAGAACCACCUGGAAGAAACUGAGCAACAUUUGCAGGAGCAAGAAUAUUCUUUGAAACUGAUUUUGAACAAGUUAGGUGAGAUUGAGGUUGGUGGUGAGGGUCAUAUAAGUGAUCCGGUGAAGAAGUUGGAAUGGCUUGGAAAAUUAUGCAGUGAUCUGCAUGAUGCUGUGACUUCUUUAGAACAAGAAUCCAGGAAAUCUAAAAGAGCAUCAGAGCUCCUCUUGGCAGAGUUGAAUGAGGUUCAAGAAAGGAAUGAUAGUUUUCAGGACGAGCUCGCAAAGGUGGCUGCUGAACUUGUGGAUCUCAAAAAAGAAAAGGAUUCAGCUGAGGCCGCCAAACUGGAAGCACUUUCUCAUCUUGAGAAGUUAUCAACCGUGCAUGAGGAGGUUAAAAUGAGCCAAUCUUCUAAGAUCAUGGAAUUAAAAUCUAGCAUGAACCAAGUCUGCAAAAGCCUUGGCGAGGUUCACAAUUUAUUGACUAAUGUUCUUCUCAUGGAUUUGGACUCCUUUCGGAAUCUGAAGGCUGGUCUUGAGUCUUGUUUGAAAGGAAACAAAACGGCAAAUAUGGUGAAUUCAUCUGUCAACAGAGAACAGGCUGGCAUAGUCUGCAGGUCAUCUGAUACUAAGAAGAGCUCCAUGUCUGCAGAUUCUUGGCCAGAUUUCAGCUCAAUUGACCACCAUGAUUAUAACAACGUAGUUGAAAUUUUUCAUCUAUUUGGGAAUCAGCUGAAAGAGUUCUUGGAGGUGGUUGGUUAUCUUAAGGAAAGAAUAGACAUGCACUCAAGUUCGGCACUGGAGCAAGACAAAUCUCUGUUUAAACUAAUGGCAGAUAUCCAAAGAGAAAUAACUUCUCAAAGAGAGUCAUGUGAAACCAUGAAGAAAGAAGUCAGCGAACGAGAUCGGGAACUUGUUGCAUUACGUGGGAACAUUCUGUACCUUUAUGAAGCAUGCAUUAAUUCUGUCUCUGUACUUGAAAAUGGAAAAGCUGACCUGGUUGGGAAAAUGUUUGAUUCUUCAAAUCUAGGGAUUAACUUGAAAGCGCCAUUUUCCGAUGAAAUAUCUGAGGAAUUAAUUAAAACCAUGGCAGAUAGACUGCUUUUGUCUGCAAAAGGGUUUGCUAGUAUGAAAACUGAAUUCUUAGAUGCUAAUCAAAAGGAAAUGAAGGCUACUAUAACAACUUUGCAGAGAGAGCUUCAAGAGAAGGAUGUUCAAAGAGACAGUAUUUGCUCAGAGCUGGUAAAACAGAUUAAGGAUGCUGAAAAUGCUGCAAACAGUUGUUCUCAAGAUCUUCAAUCCUUUAGGACUCAAGAAAGUAAUUUAAAGAAACAGGUAGAAGUGAUCGAGUCAGAAAGGAAGAUACUUGAACAGAGAGUCACUGAGCUACAGGACAGGCAAGGAGCUGCAGCUGAAUUAGAGCAAAAAGUGAGAUCUCAGACUGGUAUGCUGGCUGCCAAAGACCAAGAAAUUGAAGCACUGAUGCAUGCACUUGAUGAGGAAGAGAUGCAAAUGGAAGAACUGACAAAGAAGAUUGUAGAAGUUGAAAAGGUUGUUCAGCAAAAGAAUCUAGAGAUUGAGAACCUUGAUUCUUCUCGCAGUAAGGUCAUGAAAAAGCUGUCCAUAACUGUAAGCAAGUUUGAUGAGCUCCACGACUUGUCUGCUAGUCUACUUUCUGAGGUUGAAAAGCUUCAGUCCCAAUUGCAAGAAAAGGAUUCUGAAAUUUCUUUCUUAAGGCAAGAGGUUACUAGAUGCACUAAUGAUGUUCUCAUUGCAUCACAAACGAGCAACCAGAGAAGCUUAGAUGAGAUCUUUGCGUUCUUGAUGUGGGUUGACACGAUUGUAUCUCAAGAUGGGAUGGAUGAAAUACAUCCUGAAGUGAAGAGCAGUAGUCAUCUUAAUGAAUACAAAGAAGUACUUCAUAAGAAGCUGAUGGCUAUACUGUCAGAAUUGGAAAAUCUCAGGGAAGUUGCAGAGAGCAAGGAUUCAAUGUUGCAAGUGGAAAAGAUUAAGGUAGAGGAGUUAAACCGCAAAACAGAAACUCUUGAGAAGUCCUUGCAUGAAAAAGCACUGCAAUUGAAUUUGCUUGAAGGUGUGGAAGAAACUGGAAAGAGAGUUGGUUCAAGCUCAGAAAUUUUGGAGGUUGAUGAACCAGUGGUGAAUGAAUGGACAGCAUCAGGAGCUUUUGUAACCCCUCAAGUUCGUAGUUUACGCAAGGGCAAUAAUGAUCAUGUUGCCAUUGCUGUAGAUGAAGACCCUGGUAGUACUAAUAGGAUAGAAGAUGAAGAGGAUGACAAAGUUCAUGGUUUCAAAUCACUCUCAUCAUCCAAAAUUGUCCCAAGAUUUACUAGACCUUUGACUGACUUGGUUGAUGGCUUAUGGGUUUCUUGUGAUCGGACUCUAAUGAGACAACCUGUCUUGCGGCUCGGAAUUAUAAUGUAUUGGGCGAUAAUGCACGCACUCCUUGCCUUCUUUGUUGUUUGAGGUGAGAGGCCCUGAUUUGAAUGAUGCUCUGUGUUAGCCUUGUAUAACUAAUUGACCUGCUUUGUAAAAUUUGAAGCCGGGCACAAGAAGUGCUACAUGGAUUUGGGAUAGCUGAUUGAAUCUAUUGAUACGUGAGAAAAGGACUCAGUUUAGUUGUACAGUAUCUUCCUGUGGCUUGCUUUUCCCAGUGGUCACAUAUGACAGUUCCCUAUAAACUGAAAUAAAGCAAAAGAUGCACCUGCCGGAAAGAUUAACCGGCAGCGAUGAAGAGAAGAUGAGAGAUUGCUCCAUAUUUGAAGAGCAAUUCAAGUAGAUUCUGCUCCAGAAGACCUAGUUGGUGGUGUUUUCUCAAAGGACCUGAAUACUUGAUGCCUUUUUACCUUUAAACUAGAUCGCCACUCUUUUGAAGGGAUAUAUUACUUGAAACGUCUUGGGACACUCGUGUGUGGAUAAGUGACCAGUUAGGUAUAGAAAAACUAAUUCUUUGGUACUUCUUUAAAGGAUUUUUUUUAUCUCCUUAGCAUAAGAAAUAACAGUUGCCAUUAUUUUUGUAUUCUUAAAUCAAUCAUAGCAUCAUUAUUAAUCUUUUA